AUGGUUACUGAGACUGGACUCAGUGACCAUCAUCUGAUGAUUACAACUUUCCUAAGAUCUCAUCUGGUAAGAUUGAAACCAAAACUAAUUGUUUAUAGAAGUAACAGAAAGUUUGAUAAGAGAAAGUUUCUUUCUGAUGUUAGGAAUACACGUUUUGAUUUUAAUGAAAAUGACCCUGCUUCAAAUUACGACCACUUGACAAAAACGUUUAGUUCUAUUAUUGAAAAGCAUGCCCCUUUAAAACAGAAACUGCUCAGGGGAAAUAAAGCACCUUUUUUGAAUAAAGAACUUAGGCAAGCCAUUUAUACCAGGUCAAGAUUUAAAAACCGAUACAAUAAAGAUCCUACUGAAGAAAACAAGAUUAACUAUAAAAAACAACGAAAUAAUGAGUUUGCUGAAUUAUUUAAUGAACACUAUAUUAACAUUGUAGAAAAAAGUAGUGGAACCAAGCCAAUAUCAAUUGAUUAUCGAAAUUCCUCAGACAAAGAGAGACUAAUUAAUGAGAUAAUUAAAACAUACGAGAAGCAAACUAAAAGAUACAAGCGCAGAAGAGAAAAGAAGCUUCAAGCACUUCAAGAUGAAGUUAUAAUUACCCAUGAUGAAAGAUCGGAUUCACCUGCCGAAAAGCAAAGUGAUGGAAUUAAUACGGAAUUCCCUGAAAAGGUCAUCACAGAAAAUGUAACCACCUUUCAAUGUGAUGAAUGCGACGCAAACUAUACACGCAAAAAUAAGUUAAAAGCGCAUAUGUUGAAGAAACAUAACACUACGUUAACUGAUCAGGGUAAGCGUUCAAAAUGUACAUUCCCUGGUUGUGAAGAGACUUUUUACCACAAAAGUAGAAUGAUAUCACACCUAAUCACAUUCCAUGGUACGAAGACAAACGUUCGUAAUUUGGUAUUUGAGGACGAACAGAUGUUCAUGGAAUGGAAAGAAAAAGAAGAAUUAGAUAAACACAUAUAUUUUUCAAAACAAAGAGGGGAUGGCGACUCUAAAUUAACGAAAUACGCUUAUUACGUUUGCCAGCAUGACGGGGACGGAAGAUCGCAUAGAAAAGAAGGUGAACCAGCUCGAAAAACAGAGAAAAAAUUUAAACGCGGUCAGAUUAAAACAGGACGCUUUUGCCCAGCUAGAUUGACCUGUCACAUGGACAAAGUUAAUAAAGAAAUUAGAGUAGAGUAUAUCACAUCUCAUAGCCACGCAGUCAAUUUAGAAAAUACUGUUUUUCAACCCAUACCAUCAACCAUCCGCCAGGAAAUAAAUGCAAAACUGUCUAUUGGUAUACCAGUUAACGAAGUAUACAAGGACUUACGUGACGGGAUGGGUAACCGUAAUACCAGGGAAAACGACUCAAAAAUAACGCGGGCACAUCUGGUCAGUAAGAGCAAUGUUACUGACAUAAAAAGACACAUAAAAUACGGUAGAAGGCUACACCCUGAUGACAGCACAUCAACUCACUUGUUGGUGAAAAAAUUAGAAAUGGAAAAUUAAAACUGUAUUAUUGUGUAUAAGCCACAGGGACAGUCAGUUGCUAUUGGGCCAAAAAUGUACGAUGAUAUCGAUAUCAAAAAGGAUCUCUUUGCAAUCGGAAUUCAAACAAGGGAACAGCUGGAAAUGUUCAUUAAGGGUGCAAACAAAGUACAUUGUAUAGAUGGCACCCACAGCACGAACAAGUAUGAGUUCCCAUUGACAACUGUGAUCGUGCCAGAUGAAUUUAAUAAAGGUUAUCCAGUGGGUUGGUUGAUAUCCAAUCGAAAUGACGAAUUAACUCUCCGGCCAUUCUUAGAAGAAAUAAAAAGCAGAUGUCCUGGCGACUUCACAGUUAACUGUUUGAUGACAGACGAUGAUAAUUCCGGGUGGAACGCAUUUUCUGCUGUUUUUGGAGAAACUAAGCACCAUCUGUGUAAGUGGCACAUAACCCGGGCUUGGCGCAGGAAUCUGAAAUUAGUUCCAGAAAGUCAGCAAGAUGAAGUAAUGCAACACCUUUUGGUUAUUUUAAAUGAAAAAGAUGCUUCACAAUUUGAAAUUCUGCAAAGGGGAUUCCUCAAAAAAUGUUUUGUAAUUGCUCCUGCUUUUGCCAAGUACUUUCAGGACCGCUAUGUUCGAAGGGCCGAAAAAUGGGCGAUGUGUUACAGGCAGUUUGAACAUUGCAAC